AUGGUCCAUGACGUAGCUGAAAUUCCACUUGUAGCCAAACUACAGUUUCUACUCCAGUCGUUAGAAGGUGAGGCUCGUAAACCUUAUGAAACGGUUGACAUUGAAUCAUCGAAUUACAUCACUACCUGGGAAGCACUCCUGAAGCGCUAUGAUAACAAGCGCUUUCUCAAGAAGCAAUUUUUCCGGACAUUACAUGACAUCGCUCCAAUUCGGAAAGAAUCUUCCCAAGAUCUACACAACCUAGUAGACGAUUUUCAACGUCACGUGAAAGCAUUGGCUAAACUCGGAGAAGCAGUGGAAACUUGGGACACACCUCUAGUGUGUAUGCUGUCGUACAAGAUUGAUUCGUUGACACUUAGAGCAUGGGAGGAAUAUGCUUCUAAACUGGAUAAUGUUGGCUAUGAUUCGAUGGUUGAAUUUCUAUAUCAACGAGUACGAAUCCUACAGACUGUGUCCUCCGAAAUAUUUCAUCGUACUCAAACAGCGUCGGUCAAUGUGGCCGGCUCAAACACAAUCACCAGAAGGAUCCAAACUCCAAAGUUAGUAGCAAAUACAGCAGCUUCGAGUUCUCACGGAAACUCUCCUACCUGUAUAUCGUGCUCAGAUAAACAUCUGUUGUUCCAGUGCCCUACAUUCCAAGGACUUCCCGUCGGACAACGUCGAGAAUUAAUAUCUAACAAACGCCUUUGUUGGAAUUGUUUUAAAUCAUCUCACAUAGCGCGAAAUUGCGAUUCGAAAUAUACAUAUCGCCAUUGUCACGAACGACAUCACACACUACUUCAUCAGACACCAGUUUCGAAUCAAGCAUCGAAAGCCAGUUCUUCUCAACAACCAGCAGCACUUACAGUUGAAAGUGGGCAAAGAAGCGAACCGCCAUCAUUAGCAGAAGUAAGCAUGCCAGCACAACGUAGUUCACCUAGCACUGUGUUUCUUUCGACGGUGGCACUUUGGGUCGAGGAUAAAUUUGGAAAACCCCAUCUCGCCCGAGCAUUGAUUGACUCCGGUUCGCAAUCGAAUUUCAUCUCCAAAAGACUUGCUCAUCGAUUGUUUUUACGACCAGAGCGAACAAGUAUUCCCAUUACUGACAUUGGAGAGGCUACAGUAACAGUAACGCAAUCCGUCGCUUGCACUAUACGUUCCAAGAAUGAUCAGUAUUCAAGUGAAUUGCAGUUUUUAGUUCUCCCGAAACCGACGGCGGAGCUUCCGUCAACUAAUGUUGAUAUAUCGUCGUGGAAAAUACCAUCAAAUAUUACUUUAGCCGAUCCUACGUUCAAUAUUUCCGGUCGGAUCGAUAUUCUUCUCGGCAUCGAGCACUUUCAUGAAUACUUAAGGAAUGGCAGAAUCAUCCUUGGCGAAGGAUCUCCCGUUUUAUUUGAAACAGUUUUUGGUUGGGCCGUCAUUGGACGGUGGUAUGAAUCCGUCCUGGAGCGCUUUUGGCAAUUGGAGACGGUGGAACUUGAUCGUCGCUAUUCGGCGGAAGAACUCAUGUGUGAAAGGCUGUUCGAGACAACAACUUCACGGAAUCGUAGCGGACGGUACGUAGUUCGACUUCCACGCACGGAUAAUCCAAAAAUUUACCUUGGCGAAUCUAGAAGUAUAGCUGAAAAACGUUUCCUAAGUCUAGAACGACGGUUCAGUCGAGAAGAAGCCACGAAGUCGGCGUAUCUCGAUUUUAUGGACGAAUAUUUGCAACUCAACCAUAUGUGCAAAAUCGACAAUCCAAUCAACGAGACUGUUAUUCAUAGUUAUCUUCCACACCACCCGGUGUUUAAAACCACUAGCAGUACGACUAAAACACGUGUCGUGUUCGACGCUUCGUGCCGCACUACAUCCGGCUACUCACUCAACGAUCUACUCCUCGUUGGUCCCGUUGUGCAGCAGGACCUCUUGUCUAUUGUGUUGCGCUUUCGUAUUAGACCGAUUGCGCUUGUGGCGGACAUUGAGAAAAUGUACCGCCAAAUAGAAAUUCAUCAAGACGAUCGUGCCCUACAGCGAAUUCUAUGGCGGAGGCACCCUUUAGAUCCGAUUACAACAUACGAACUACGAACAGUCACUCAUGGGACUGCAUCUGCGCCAUUCCUUGCGACGCGCACUCUCAUCCAACUCGCUAAAGAUGAAGGAGGAAGGUUUCCUAUGGCUAAAGACGUAGUGCAAGAGGACUUCUAUGUCGACGACUUGAUCAGCGGUUCAGACAAUCUUCAAAAGGCCAUUCAACUACGUCGAGAAUUGAGUCCGCUGGAAUGCCACUACGGAAAUGGGCUUCCAAAUCUUUCGGUAACAACGCUUGGGCUAGUGUGGGAACCAAACUCAGACAUCCUUCGGUUCAAAACUCAACUCCAACCGCCCGCAGCCAUACUUACAAGAAGAAACGUACUUUCAUACAUCGCUCAAAUGUAUGACCCACUGGGUCUAAUAGGUCCUGUAAUUUCAACCGCCAAGCAGUUUAUGCAACGCUUGUGGGCGUUAUCUUCGAAUGAUGGUAAAUCAUAUGCCUGGGAUGAACCACUUCCUGAGAAGAUUCAACGCGAAUGGAAAGAAUUUCAUGCUACUUUGAACAUCAUCAGUGACAUUCGAGUGCCUCGUUUCAUCUCGGCAUACGGCGCCUGUGUCUACCUGCGCUCUGAAGACAGUCAACAAAAUGUAUACGUCCACCUUUUGGCAGCCAAAUCGAAGGUGGCGCCGUUGAAGACUCGCCACAGCAUUGCCCGACUCGAACUUUGUGCGGCUCUCCUCGCCACGCAGCUGUUUAAAAAGGUAUUUUGUUCUCUUAAAGUUAAUGCGGAUGUGUUUUUCUGGGUAGAUUCCAUGACGGUGCUUCAGUGGCUUAAAGCAGCGCCCUCCUGUUGGAAAACUUUUGUUGGAAAUCGAGUGUCCAAAAUACAAGAAUCAACCACCGGGUAUCCUUGGAAUCAUGUGCCUGGCAAGGAAAACCCGGCUGACGAGCUUUCUCGUGGUCUCACUCCCUACGAGCUACUUAACCAGAAGCGAUGGUGGACGGGUCCCACGUGGAUCAAACUCACCAAAGAUCACUGGCCGAAGCAACAUGUUGAAGCAGAUAUAUCUGGGACGUUCGCUGUUGAACGUAAAGCAUGCUUACUGUCUGUAGCACCUCCUGAAUGCUCAUUUGGCGAACAACUGUUUAACCGUUACUCUUCCUACACCGUUCUACGCAGAACCGUAGCUUACAUUCUUCGCUAUAUGAGAGCAUUGCAUAUUUCGGCUUCCAACACUCAACCGGAUGGUGCAUGUGCGGCUUCUUCGACAGUAUCACGUGAUACACAUACUUACCUGACAACUGAUGAUUUGCAAGAUGCCGAACUUACGAUUUGUCGACUUUCUCAGCGCGAAACCUUUUCAUCGGAAUUAAAUGCUCUACGAUUAGGUAAACCAGUUGGAAAUAAUUCUGCCAUGAAGUGGAUCAAGCCAAUAAUGUCCAGUGAUGGUCUUAUCAGAGUCGGAGGCCGAAUUCGACAUUCUGGUGUUCCUGAUGCAAUGAAACAUCCGAUCGUCAUAUCUAGUAAGCAGCGUUUGGCACACCUUCUGGCUGUUCAUUAUCAUACAUAUCUGCUACAUGCAGGGCCGCAACUCAUGAUGUGCACAAUUAAGCAAAAAUUCUGGUUGAUCGCCGGCAGAGAUCUACUUCGUCAAGUAUACCACCAAUGUCACACCUGCUUCCGUCACAAGCCAGUUCUUGUUCAGCAGACAACCGCUGAUCUUCCAAGCUCCAGGGUAACUCCAUCACGACCGUUUGCGGUUUCUGGAAUCGAUUAUUGCGGUCCAUUAUAUCUUCGCGGACCUUAUCGAAGGGCUGGAGCGAUAAAGGCAUACAUUGCAGUGUUUGUCUGCUUUUCAACCCGUGCUGUACAUCUCGAGCUCGUGAGCGACCUCUCAGCAGCAGCCUUUCUUGCUGCUCUAAAAAGAUUUAUUGCUCGACGUGGCAUGGUUCGGGAGCUUCACUCGGACAAUGCCACGAACUUUAAAGGCGCAUCAAACGAAUUAAACCAUCUUUACAAACUACUUAAGACCGACAAAAGUAGCCGCAAAUUAAUUUUCGACUGGUGCGCUAAUGUAGAAAUCGUGUGGAAAUUCAUACCCCCGCGCGCUCCCCACUUUGGCGGCUUGUGGGAGGCGGCGGUUGAAUCUGCAAAGAAUCACCUUCUGAAGGAAGUUCGUGGUACUACGGCCACCCAGGAAGAAAUGCUAACACUCCUCGCACAAGUAGAAAUGUGCCUCAAUUCGCGGCCUAUUGUUGAGAUGUCUAACGACCCGUCGGAUUUGGAGGCAUUAACACCAGGCCACUUCUUAGUUGGAGCAAACAUGCAGACUAUUCCCGAAGUUGAUUAUAAACAUCAUCCGGACAACAGACUCAACCGCUGGCAGUUGAUGCAGAAACGACUCCAGGCGAUUUGGAAACGUUGGAGCACCGAGUAUUUGCAGCAGCUGCAAGCACGCUCCAAGAAGGGCAUCAAACAACCCGUUAACAUCGAAGUUGGCCGUUUAGUUAUUAUCAAGGACGACAACCUUCCCCCAGCGCAGUGGCCGCUUGGUCGCAUCAUCGAAAUUCAUCCAAAUCAGGACGGCAUCGUGAGAGUUGUCUCUUUGAAAACUUCAACAGCCAACAACAUCGUCCGGCCAGUAACUAAAAUUGUUCUCCUACCGAUGACUCCGUGCUUGACAUCAACAACACCCCAGAACGGGUAA